AUGUCCUGGACCAAACGAUCACAAGAAGUAUUAUACAGAGACUUCACUGAGAAGGCUGCAAGCGAGUCUCCGAGCAUAAGCGAAAGGCCUUGGAGCCUGGAGACCUGGGAUAUAUCAGAAGAUGGGCAAUUGCGCGAGUAUGUCCAGAACACCGUACGCCGUCUCAAUGGCAGGCCACAGCUCAGAAUCGUUCGGAGAAGUGACGAAAACAACGGGUUCAGUUCCUGGUUCCGAUUCUCGUAUGCAUCGACUGCAUCAGCUGGAACUGAUGACGAGUCGCCUGAUGGAGAAGAUGAUGCGACCGAGUUCUCUACGACAGCUGAUAAAUACCCAGAGAGGGAAUCUUCCUUCUUUCUUCAAGCUUCAGCUGAUACCAGUGUAACACUGAGUCGGGCAUGGAGUGAUGUUGCAACCAAUCCGCAGAUAUUGUUUGAUGUUGCACUUGAGGGACUGCACGAAGAAGUUGAUGAUACAGCACGGAAGAUUGAGGAGGAAUUUGAGCCGUUAGAAAAGUCCAUCGUUCAGCUCACAGGCUCUGAGGGCAUGAUAUCAAGCCCAAGAACACAGCAUGAAGAAUUAUACUUGUUUGCGAGGCAUACAACAGAGCUUUCAAGAGCACUUGAGUCUGCAUUAAUGAUCACUGAGGGUGUUCUUAUGAAUGCCAGCACCAGCAUCCCUUCAACAGCAACCUCUAUUGACAAAACACCAUCCCCCCCGAGUAACACCAGCAGUAAUCGGCGGCCUCUUGUUGACUUACAGCUAAAAGAGUGCCUAGAGUAUCGCCGCACACUCUUUCGCUCAACCCAGCUACGACUGUCCCACCUUCAAAGGCGAAUCGAAGCCGCAGCUGCUCUAGCAUCAAACUUGGUAUCGCAACAACAGUCCGCAGCAGCCAUACAAGGCCCAGUUUCGAUGAAGCUCAUCGCGGCUUCGAUUCUGAUAUUCUUGCCCACAAUCACCGUUGCAACCAUUGCAGGAUCGGGGCUACUACUAUCGGAACAACUAGACGAAGAAGGCUCAUGGGACGUCAGCGCAACACCGUUGUUCUAUCUGCUGUGGCCACCACACGCAUACAUACAAGUAGCUUCGAAUCCCAUCACAAGACGAGAGUCGCUUAAUGGAAGCCCAAAACCGCGCCGGUCCUUGAAUCGCCAUCCAUCGCUUAGCCACAAGGGAAACGAACGGGCUGAGUUCAGCUGCCGCCAGCAUUCCGUCCCAGCAUGCUCCAUCUCCCCCGGUCGCCUAUUCUUCAAUCUCCACGGAUCGGACUCGGGACGGAUCGAGGCGGUUCUUGUUCGUUAUCACCGAUCAGUCGCUCUCCUCGAUAGCGCGGCAUACACAACGUUGACGACAAGACAUCAAGUCACCACUUACAACUACAACCACGACGACGACGACGACGACGACGACGACGACGCUGUUCGGUUGACACACACACACACACACACACACACACACACACACACACACGCAAUGGGAGAUACCACACGCGAAGAAGAGCGGCGGCGGCGCAGUGCCAGUGCUGGUAAGGCGCCAGCAACAGACUCAGACCCGGAAGCUAAGGUUGCAGAGCCUCGAAAGCCCUCCAUGAUGGUGUCAGGAGAUCCUCCUAACAUCGAGGAACAGGAUCCACCGCUUGAUGCGACAGACAGCGACGACGCCGACGGCGGCGACGACGACGACGAAUUCGAUGGCACCGAUACGCAAUCUGCCGAGUCUGUCACUGUACGGAGUAGCAUAUGGGAGCAUGAGUGGGAGGGAGGACGAAGGUAUCAUCACUAUCGCCACGGUCGCUAUCCCCUACCAAACGACGAAAUCGAGCAGGAGCGAGAGUAUCUGAAACAUGUGAUACACAUGGAACUCGUCGGCGGCAAGAUGUUCAACUCUCCCAUUGCGCCGAACCCACAACGAAUACUGGACCUUUGCACCGGCACAGGGCUCUGGCCAGUGGCGGUUGCCAAAAUGUAUCCAAGCGCCGAAAUCGUCGGCCUCGACCUCAGCCCGAUCCAACCCCUCAUGGUCCCCCCGAAUGUGCGGUUCCUAGUCGACGACGUGGAGGAUGAAUGGAUGGAUCGCGGCGGCUACGAUUUGAUCCAUCUGCGCCACUCAUGCAUCUACUUGAAGGACGUGGACAAGAUGAUAAGGAACAGCUAUUCCCACCUGAAAGAAGGCGGCUGGUUGGAGAUUACAGACUACUGCAGCUUCCUCCGAUGCGAUGACGGCACGAUGCCCGAGAACCACCCACCGGCGCAAGUCGCCAUGAUGAUGCACCAGGCCCUGUCGAGAUACGGCAUGAACGCCUAUGUCAUCAACGAGCUGGAAGACAAAUACAAAGCCGCGGGCUUCAAGAACAUCCAAUGCCGAGUAAUCAAGACGCCCCUCGGCGCUUGGCCCAAGGAUCCCCACCAGCGUGAAAUAGGAAUCCUCUUCCGCGACGCCAUCAACGAGCUCGUCGGCGCCCUCGCCGCCAAACCUCUCAGAACGCUAGGAUGGGAUGACACCGAGCUGGAAGUCUAUCUCGCAUCCGCACGGAAAGCUCUCUGGGAUAAAAGAGUGCAUUCCUACGCCAACUUCAUCUCUUGGUGGGCACAAAAGUGA